CACUUGUGAGGAACACGGCGCACAGCAGUUUAACAUCGGGCAUGCGCGAGGUGAUCAAUUCUGGCUAGCCGUGCGCCAAUUUCCGCCUUAAAGGAUAACAUAAGAAACAAACGCUCUUUCGCAAAAUAGGCGAAAUAAAAUUGCAACGCUCCUAGAUGUCUGCAAAAGGAAGCAAGGGUGGCGAGGAAAUCUGCGAUACACGUUUGGCCAGAGAAACGGAGAUCGCUCACAUGAGGGAACUCCUGUAUCCAGGAUCAAUUUCGGGGAAUAUGGUUGGAUUAAACUGGUUUUCAAGGCUGCUUCUUCUUUUCUACAAACCAAGGAAAGAUUUCAAAUUUUCGACGCAAUUCAUUUCAACAACUUUGGUUAGCGCUUUAAUGAUCCUUCAGGUUUUCAUGGCAGUUCUUUCCCCAAUGGACGUGAUCAGAAGGGUUUAUAUUGAAAAAUACAAAACUCAUGGGGACACCAGCUCGGCUAAUUUUGUAGACGUCCUCUUUGGCGGGAUAGAAGCAGGACUUGUCUUGUCUCGUGUCAUUUCUCUUUUGAUGUUGUCCACUUCAUGAAAUGCCAUCGAGAACACGUGCUUCAGUUGUAUCAAGGGCAAGCAACAUUUUCAAAGGACCUGCUCUGACACCCGCAGCUUCAGUGGUACGUACUGUGGUUAACUGACGGAUAAUAGGAAGUUUAAGAAACGAAGACAGCGGUUGGUUAAAAAAUGAACUUAUAUUUUACCUACGAAUCUCGCGAUACUCUAAAGUCAUGUACUUUCUUUCUCGCUGUCAAAAUAUCUUGAAACUGAAUAUGGAACACAGCGUAAAAUUAGAAAUGGAAGUUUAAAAAAAUAGCCGUCGCCGUUCACGUUCUCCAGAGAACGCAAAUUGGGUCAUUUCACGUUGUUGUUCUGCAGAUUUACGCAAAGAAAUUUACAAAG